AUGUCAUUCAUAACAGAUCUUUGGACUUCAAUCUUUACAGCUGGUACAACCCCAACGUUGAUUAUUGCUACACAUGGUACUUUUGCCCUAUUGGUUUUAACUUUAACAGUUUUUGUAUUUUUAUCAAGAUCAAUACAUUUAAUAAACUUAUUAGUAAUUUCAAUUUUAUUAUGGGCUACUUUAACGUGGUUCAUUGCAGAGCUUGAUAAAGCUAAAGAUGAAGUUAAGAAUAAUGACCAGUUAGAAGCUGAAAAUGUUGACUCUUCAAAAGAAACAAAAACUACAACUUCUUCAUCAAAUACAAAUUCUACUUCCACAUCAACUUCAAAAUUUUCAAAGCCAGUUCAAAGAAGAUCGAAAAAGAUAUAA